GAAUAGUGGUUGAAAAUCACUGCGCUAAGCUAUCUGAAAAAAACUUUCACAUCUUACCAUUGUGUUAUAGGUGACAAAAAAAAUAAUUCCUAGUAUAUAUCUGAUAAUAAUACAUUCAUUUAAUUUUCAUAUUGUGCCAAGGGUCAAUAAAAAGGAAAAUGGUCAUUAUCACUUAUAUUUAUAGUUACCUAAAGUUGAAUCCCCAGAGUAUGUGUAUUUGUUCUUUUAAUUGUUCAAGGAUUCAGGUUAGACAGCAUGUUAUUAACUUAGUUAUCCAACAUACUGUAUUUAGAAUGACACGCCUUCCAUUAUUUAUUUCUGUUGUGCCAGUGAAAAGACCACAUCUACCUAACAUAAGUUAUUCAGGCAAAGAUGGCCUCCCAACCUCUCGUAGACUGGGAAAAUGGUCUCUGUGAUUGCUUUUACAGUGCAAAUACUUGCUGCUUUGGUUUCUGGUGCUGCCCCUGCCUGGCUUGCACGGUUGCAGGGAAACAUGGAGAGAACCGAUGUCUACCCCUGUGUGACAUCUUCAGCCCUGCUCUGUGCACAGCUUUGGGGAUCCCUUUUUUCGUGCCCCCUGCAGCAUUGUCCCUGAGAACAUCCAUUCGCAGAACAUACGGUAUCAAGGGGUCCCUCUGUAAGGACAUUGCUGUUUCCUGUUUCUGUAUGUGGUGCAGCUGGUGUCAGAUGCACCGUGAGCUGAAAGAGCGAAACAAAACGACGCCUGUCUUGAAUGUACCCCAAACAUUCCCAGUCGUCCAACAACCUCCUCAGAUGAUGACGGAGCAGACAAGCCCACCUGCUUAUUAUGUUCCGCACCAGCUCCAGUACAAGUAGACAAUGCACAUGUGCUACUUUCUUUCUAAGGGGUUACAAAUACUUAAUCAUUAAUAAUUGUAAUUAAAAAAUACAAAUUAUGAAUUACACAAAAAAUACAGAAAACGCAUUCAAAGACACUUUUGUUGCAGCUUUACAUUAUCUCAUUCAUUCGUUUAUUUUCUACCGAUUUUCCUCACGAGGGUCGCAGGGGUGCUGGAGCCUAUCCCAGCUGUCUUCGGACGAGAGGCGGGGUACACCCUGGACUGGUGGCCAACCAAUCACAGGGCACAUAUAGACAAACAACCAUUCACACUCACAUUCAUACCUAUGGACAAUUUGGAGUCGCUAAUUAACCUAGCAUGUUUUUGGAAUGUGGGAGGAAACCGGAGUACCCGGAGAAAACCCACGCAUGCACGGGGACUCCACACAGAGAUGGCCGAGGGUGGAAUUGAACAUGGGUCUCCUAGCUGUGAGGCCUGCGCGCUAACCACUCGUUCGCCGUGCAGCCGACACGAUCACAUUAACAAAAUAAAUAAAUAAAAACAAGCCACACAAAGCUAAAAUUCAACCCUGAACCCUCGACAUAAUUUCCUUUCCAUGGAAUAUUGCUUCCAUAAUGCCACCUCAUAAAGUCUCAAGGAAGUAGAGCCUAAAAGUACUUCACUGUGUGGUUUACUAAUUGUGAUUGAACACACCUUAAGAAACAAAACCUGAUUAGACAGAAUAACAGAGUACUUCCUGCUUGACACUGAAUUUGUCAGUGUGACGAUACACAAAUUUAAAAAAAAAAAAAAGCUUAUAGCAGUGGUGUCAAACCCCUUUUGAAUCAGUACCGCCUAUUUUACAUGAUUUGGACUGUUCUUUCGAGGCACACAGAAUAUUGUGUUGUAUGGAUAUAUAAACAUGGAACCUACCAAAAGAAAGAUUAAACUGGUACUAUUAUUAUCUUGUUACUACUAUCUUUAUUAAUGCUAUAUUUGUAGGCAUUCCUCUACUUCACUAUCUCUUUCUGCUUUGGACCUGCUUCCCCAAGUACUAUAAAAUAUAAUAAAACAUCAAAUAAUGUUAAAAAAGGUGAUUGAUAUAUUGUUUUCAUGUGAUGUCCUUCCUGUUUGUUUUUAGA